AUGCACAUGGACGGCGACGAGUACCUCCCGAUGGCGAUGCUCGCACGUCUGGAGGAGCUCGUGCGCGUCAAGAUGGACGAGUUCAUCCCGCAGGGCGUCUCGAACUGCAUCUGGGGGUUCGCGUCGUUGAACAAGAACAAAGGGCUAGAGCUGCGGCCGGACACCGUCUCGAGGUUCGGCGACGGCAUCGUUCGGCUCGCGAGCGGGUUCAAGUCGAUGGAGCUCUCGAACAUCGUCUGGGCGAUCGCGUCCAUGAACCUCUCGGGGCUCUCGGGGGGGUUGCCCAGGGAGGUGAUGGUCGCGCUGGACGACGCGAUGUGUCGAUCCAUCGCGUCGGACCCCGACACGUUUUCGUCGCAGAGCGUCGCCAACACGCUGUGGGCCGCGGGGAACGCGCCUGACGUCGUGACGCUGUCCCCGCGACUCAUGGACGCGCUCGCGAGCGUGUCGUGCGAUAAGUUUCACACGUUCACGCCGCAAGGGAUGACGAACACGAUCUGGGGGUUCGCGUGCAACGGCCACCACCCGGGGGACGAGCUCAUGGAUAAGAUGCGCGAAGCGUGGAAGCGAAGCGGCCACACCUACAUCGUCACCGAGCUCGCGAACAUCCUCUGGGCGUUCCACGUGCUCAAGACGUACCCGGGUCCCGAGUGCCUCGCCGUCGUCGGCGAGCGCAUGCUGACGCUGACGGACGAGGACCUGCACGUCCAGACGCUGGCCAACAUGAUGUACUCGUUCGCGCAGUUUGAACAUCUCCCCGGCCGCGCGACGAUGGAUCGCGUCGAAGAUCUCUGCGCGCGAGCCUUCCGCAGCGCGGACGUGGGCGAGCCCGGGUCGGUCACGCCCGCGUCGAACUCGCUGUCGAACCUGAUAUGGGCGUUCGGGGUGCUGAAAUACAAGCCCAGCGAGGAGUUCUUCGCCGCGUUCGACGCCGUCGUCUCGUCGACGCUCGGCGACUUCAACGACCAAGGCGUCUCCAACGUCCUCUUCACGUACGCCAACCUGAACCACAACCCGGGCGCGCAGCUCCUGGACGCGCUCGCGCGGCGAUGCGCGGACUUCAUAUCCGUCUACGCGCCGCAGGGCGUCGCGAACACGGUGUGGGCGUGGGUGGUGCUCGACGGCGCGAAAUAUCCGCCGCCGGCGCUGCUUCGGCUCUACGCGGAGAGAAUCUCGAAGACGCGAGACGAGGACUUUUCGAAGAUCGAUCGCGUGCAGCUGUUCCAGUCGCACCUCGCGCUGAAGCAGUUCUCCAAUCACGACGGCGAGCUGCUGUCCGGGGAGAUGCUGCGCUCGUGCGAGAGGGCGUGGAUGGAGGUGAGCGCGGGCAACCUCACCAUCAGCGCGAUUCACAGAGACGUGAGCGAGACGCUGACGAGGAUGGGGAUACCGCACGAGAUCGAAUUCUUGACGUCGGACGGACUGUUCAGCGUGGACAUCGCGCUGAGGGGGAGGAAGGUGGCGAUCGAGGUGGACGGACCGUCGCACUUCUUCGCGAACAAGCGACGCGAGCGGAUGGGCGCGGACUUGCUGAGGGCGGCGCUCAUGCAGAGCAAAGGGUGGACGGUGCGCUCUCGUUUUUCAACAUCUAAGGCUGAGCGAUUCUUUCUCGGUUCCUUCCUCGCGGUGUCUUCAAAAACGAACGAACGCUCUUCCCGCCGCCGACUGACGAAGCGCGCCGCCGCUCCCUCCCUCCCUCCCUCCUCGCCGCCGUUCCAGGUCGUCUCCGUGCCGUGGUACGACUGGCCGUCGAAGUACGAAUCGAAGCAGUCGGACCAGUGCGAGUACAUGGCCGGCUUACUCUACGACGAGGCUGGUCUGUCCGUCAAGGACGCGUCGCAGGUUCUAUCUCACACUGAUCUCCAUACGACCGCGUUGGCGUGGUGA